AUGCUCCGUGGGAGUCCCACCAGCUCAGCUUUUCCUCACACUGUCCCAGCCACUUCUACCGCAGCAGACAAGAUUGAGCUGAAGUUUGAUGGACAUGUCAUCACAGCAGAUGAGUACCUGGAGAAAGCCCUGAAGCUGAUUCCAGGUAUCACUGCAUCAGGGAAGUUUCAACAGGGACUUAUAUUUUCUCUUCUUGGGUCCCCAGGCAAAAGAGGUUCUCAAAGCUUCCUACAGUCACAGCAUACUAUAGAGAACUCCAUCCUGCCAUCAGACAAAGCCCUUACAGAUGGACAGAAGGCCAUAGCAGCUGAGAGGAUAAAGAAGGAGGUGGCUGAGAAAAAACAAGAGCUGCUGAGACAGAAGGAGGAGGAGCAAGAGCAAGUGAUGGAAGCUCAAGAGAGAAGCUUCCGAGAAAACAUUGCUAAACUUCAAGAGAAGAUGGAGAAGGAAAGGGAGACUCUUCUGAGAGAAUAGGAGAGGAUGUUGGAGCACAAGCUGAAGGUG